AUGAAGUUCAUUUCAAUCACCAUUUCUAUCCUCGUCGCACUCUUCUCCAUUGUCAUCUUUAGAGAACAAGUUGUUGAAUUCGCAACUGCUACCAUAGAGACACUGAGCAACUACAGAAAGGACAGCCCGGAAGUUAUUGAUACGAGCGCGACGAGACAGGAAGAAACCAAACUUCCCACAAACCCAAUCACACCACAAACCGACACCAACAUGUCGUCGUCAACUAUUCCCAGAGCGAUUCGCAAGGUCUUCCUCGCCAUCGAGCAGGCCGAGGGCGCGGGCGCACGCGUGCGACGAUCGAUUGGCACGCCGCAGCUGCGCAACUUCUCGCCCUUCCUGAUGCUGGACCACUUCAGCAUCAAGCCCGGCGCCGGUUUCCCUGAUCACCCACACCGCGGCCAAGAAACCAUCACAUACCUAAUUGCCGGAGCCGUCGACCAUGAAGACUUUGCGGGCAACGCCGGUACGAUCGAAUCAGGCGACCUCCAGUUCAUGACGGCCGGCCGGGGCAUUAUUCACGCCGAGAUGCCGCGACAGAACCCAGACGGCAGCGCCAACGUCGGCCUGCAACUGUGGGUCGACCUGCCAAAGCAGCUAAAGAUGUGCGAGCCGCGGUACCGCGACCUCAAGGCCAAGGAGAUCCCGCAGGUCGACCUGGACGACGACAAGGUCCACGUCAAGGUCAUCUCGGGCCAGUCGGGCGGCGUCGACAGCGUCAAGGACCUUGCCUAUACCCCCGUCUGGAUCCUCGAUUUCGAGGUCAAGCCUGGCGGCAAGAUUGCUCAGCCCCUCCCUCAGGGCUGGAAUGCCUUUGCCUAUACCCUCGAGGGCGUGGCCAAGUUUGGCACGGGCAAGGACGAGAGGAGCGUGGAUCAGUACCACAAUGUCGUCUUUGAGCGCGAUGGCGACCUGGUGGAAGUCUCGGUGCCCGAGGACGCAAAGAGUAGCGCGCGCUUCAUCUUGAUUGCCGGCCAGGUUCUGGAGCAGGAGGUUGUUCAAUACGGCCCCUUUGUGUUAAACAGCAAAGAGGAGGUGUACCAGGCCCUAUUUGACUACCAAACGCACUCGAAUGGUUUUGAAAGGGCCAAGGACUGGCAAUCGGAAAUUGGAAAGUCCAUGGUCAACUAG